UAAUCUGUAACUUGUACAAAUUCUUUAGGGUAAAUGAACCAGCGUAUGUAUAUAUAUGAGGUGUAAACAACAUCAACCUUACGAUGUCUCAGCAUCUCUCCACCUCACUCACUCAGGUAGAUAAAUUUCAAGGGUUGUUAUGCAUUUCAGUGAUACAGAACGAAUAAAUAUUUCAAUUUCUCAAGGGAAAAUCUCAUUUCUGAUUCCUGAACCUGAAGUACAACAAGAUAAAUUGCCCUUUGGCUUUGAUUUGACCCGGGAGACGUCCAUCUGCGUUCUUGAUCUUGAAAACUUGCUUUAAUAAUAGAGAUACGCCAAACCCCUCAAAAACCCUUCCUCAGAUCAAAUUAGACCAAACAGAAAACAAUCAAGAAAACCCUUUUUUGAAUUCAUUCAAGAACUCUCUGUAGGAAAAUCUUGAAUUGUUUUUUGCCUAACUUCAUCAUUCCAAAACCCCGGAGAAUACAUCAACCUUCAAGAAUGUUCUUAUCUUCUCUCAAAAUCUUGUUUGCUCUUUCCAUCUCCUUCUUCUUCAACCCGUGCCUGUCUUCAAACAAUAUAAUUCUGUUCGGCGAUGCUUUCUUGAGCGCCAGUUCCAUUAUCCUCACCAGAGAAAACAACUGCAGCUACCAGCCACCGCUUCAGACCACCGCUCUUUCCAGCAUUGGAAGAGCAUUUUUCGUGAAGCCUGUUCGCUUUCUUGAUCCUUCAGCCAAUGCUACUGCUUUCUCCUGCAGCUUCUCUUUCACCAUCACCAAAACCAAUUCUUGCCCCUUUGGCGAUGGCUUUGCAUUUCUGGUCACUUCAAAUGCAAGUUCUUUCAGUCUGACCGAUGGUUACAUGGGCCUCCCUCCGGGAAUUCAGGCCUCUUCCCACCAAGAUUCUUAUUUUGCGGUAGAAUUCGACACAAGUUUUGAUCGCAAUCUUGAGGAUAUUAAUGGUAACCAUAUUGGCAUUGAUGUGAAUAAUGUCAAGUCACUGGCUUCUAUCGAUGUAGUUUCAAGAGGGUUAGAUCUUAAGAAUGGGAAAGAAAUGACAGCGUGGAUCGAAUACAGAGAUUCAGAGAAGAUGAUCAGCGUGUGGGUAGGGUAUUCAGCAGAGGUUAGGCCUCUGAGCCCUGUUCUUGUUGCGCAGAUUGAUUUAUCCAAGCAAUUCAAGGAGUUCAUGCACGUAGGAUUCACUGCUUCUAAUGGAAAAGGCUCGUCCAUUCACAUCGUUGACAAGUGGCGAUUCAAGACGGUUUUGGGGUUACCCCCUUCCACAAAGCCUCAACUAGGGGAUUGUCUGAUGUGUUCCCCAGGGGAUUCAGAUAUAGAUAUUGGUUCUUUUGGUUAUUUUCCAUCAAAUAAGAGGGUCCUAAAGUUGGCUCUAGGUUUGGGGGGUUUUGCAUUGGUUGUUAUUUUGAUGGCUGUACUUAUAAUUACAGGUUGUCUGUGCCUCAGGAGGAGGAGGAGGAGGCUUAGACGAGCACGCAGUGAACGACAGAUGUGUACGUUCCAGGGAGGAAGAAUGGUUCCCAAAAUGUUAUCACUCACCGAGAUAAAAUCAGCAACAAACGGGUUCAACCAGGACAAGAUAAUCGGCAAAGGAGCCUCAGCUGUGGUAUAUGAAGGGGCUAUUCCCUCUUGUGGAGCUGUGGCCGUCAAGAGGUUUAAUCAUGAAAAUAAAUUGGAUUCUUCAGUUUCACUCAUUCCAUUCAACACUGAGUUUGCGACCAUGGUGGGGUGCUUGAGGCAUAAGAACUUGGUUCAGCUGCAAGGCUGGUGCUGUGAGAGGGAUGAACUAGUGCUGGUUUACGAGUACAUGGCUAAAGGAAGCCUUGACAAAAUUCUUCACGAUAGGAGCAAUUGGACCAAGUUGCUAACAUGGGAGAGAAGGCUGAACAUAAUUCUUGGAGUUGCAUCUGCCCUUAUAUACCUACAUGAAGAAUGUGAAAGCCAGAUAAUCCACAGAGAUGUCAAGACUUGCAAUAUUCUACUUGAUGCCGAGUUCAAUGCCAAGCUUGGUGAUUUCGGUCUGGCUGAAGUAUACAGGCAUAGCUUCAGAACUAGAUAUGCCACUGUCCCAGCAGGAACCAUGGGUUAUCUAGCUCCUGAAUAUGCAUUUUCAGGCGUUCCAACAGUGAAAACAGAUGUCUAUAGUUUUGGGGUAGUGGUGCUGGAGGUGUCGUCAGGGAGGAGGCCUGUAGACGAAGAGAGAGUUGUGAUUACUGAUUACAUGUGGGACUUGUGGCAGAAGAGGAUGAUCACUGAGGCAGCUGAUCCUAAUUUGAGGGGUCGUUUUAACAGCACGGAGAUGGAGAGGACGCUCAUGGUGGGGCUUUCUUGUGCACAUCCCAACUGUGAGAAGAGGCCGACAAUGAGGGAAGCUGCACGGAUGCUUAGAGGGGAAUGUCCAAUUCCCGUUUUACCACCAAGGAAGCCAACUGUGAGGAUUCAGUCAGUUCUACCGGAGGGUUGUGAAGAGAUCAUGAGCUAUUGUGGUAACGCAGACGACACACCGUGGUCCACCCCUAGAACACAUUUUAGCAAGAACUAGUUACGGUAGGAAGUCUUCAACUGUAAAGUCCUAAAACUCAUUUGGUUGAGGUAUCUUGAUUGACUUCAUGUUGAAUCCAUAUAGGAGCCAGCAGCUAUGUUUUACCAUUGAGCAAGCUUACUUUCUGAAAUGAAGCUUCAAGUAGUCAAAACCACUCAACA